UGUCCCUUUGUGGACCCCUCUGGUCGGUUUGUCCUCAGCCGAGGGUCCUGUCUGCCAUACACCCUCUGUGUCCACUGGCUCCGGGAGGCUUAGCCGGAGACUUACCCUGGCCUCGGGCCCUGUCCUCAGGAGAACGGUGUGACGGGCCGUGUACAGGGCGGGUGAUGGGGCGAGAGCGCAGCCUGGGGUGUGGUGCGCUGGCUGAGCAAGACUGACCCGCACCCCAGUGGGCUUGUGAUCGUUGAGCCGCGAUUGCGUGUGCAAUCUCCCCCGGAGCUCCCUUGCAGGCCGCCGACCCUGAGCCCCAGGGGCAGGACCCGCUCCUCUGGGGCUAGCCUGGGGCCCAGGAGGCUGCAGAGCUGCCCAGUCUCCGGGAGACGCUGCCGAGGGGCGCCAUGGAGACCCCUGCCCCGAAAUCCGAGGAGACAGCUCCACCAUCACAGGACCCCGCUCUUCCCCUCAAAGAGAAUCCAGAGGAUAAAUUGGGUCAGGGUCUCCUGGAAGCCAGGUCUGAGGAAUCAGUGACUUUCAAGGAUGUGGCUGUGGACUUCACUCAGGAGGAGUGGGGCCAGCUGGACUCCCCUCAGAGGGCCCUGUACCGGGAUGUGAUGCUGGAAAAUUACCAGAACCUUCUUGCCCUGGGGCCUCCAGUUUGCAAGCCAGAUGUGAUCUCCCAUCUGGAACGAGGAGAGGAGCCAUGGUGGGUGCCCAGUGAAGUCUCUGGAGGGGCUCGUGCAGAGUGGGAUCCUUUGCCUGAGCUUUCUCAGCAGCAGGAUUUUCACAAAGAAGAGCCAUUGCAGGAGCCAAUGAUAGAGUGGCUGGUGAGACCCAGUCUUCACAGCUCCAGUUCAGGCACCAGAUGGUCCUGGGAGGGCCCUGCAGGGGGAGCUCUGUCCAGAAGUGAGACUGUUCUCUGGAGGCAAACACUGGACAGCUGUAGGGGUAUUUCCAUGGAGAAAUGCUGGCAGGAGUAUGAGGUUUCUGAGGAUUCUCCCCUCAGGUACACCAUCUUCACCCAGCAGAGCCUUCUUUCAGAUGGAGGCUCUCCUGACAACCACUUGGAGAAUUUGCAACUGAGUGAGACAGUUACCAAACACCAGAGAGCAUACCCAGGAAAAAAUAUGUGCAAGUCAAAUAAACAGGGAAAAUACCCACUUGCCAGCAGGCAGCAGGGAGCCAGUGCCAGAGAUGAUCUCUUUGUGUGUAGUGAGUGUGGGAAAGCCUUCCAUCAGAACUCUUCCCUCACUCUGCACCGGCGCUGGCAUGCACGAGAGAAAGCCUACAAAUGUAAGGAGUGUGGCAAGGCCUUCACCUGGAGCACCAACCUCAUUGAGCACCAGAGAAUCCAUACUGGGGAGAAGCCCUUCUUCUGUGGCGAGUGUGGGAAAGCCUUCAGCUGCCACUCGUCACUUAACGUACAUCACAGAAUUCAUACUGGUGAAAGACCCUACAAAUGUAACACCUGUGAGAAGGCCUUCAGCUGCAGCUCACUACUCAAUAUGCACCUCCGGGUCCACACUGGGGAGAAGCCCUACAAGUGCAGUGAGUGUGGGAAAGCCUUUAACCAGAGGACUCACCUGACUCGGCAUCACAGAAUCCACACUGGGGAGAAACCCUACAAGUGCAAUGAGUGUGGGAAGGCUUUCACUUGUCACUCAUCCCUGACCGUGCAUGAGAAAAUCCACAAUGGGGACAAGCCAUUUAAAUGCACUGAAUGUGAGAAGGCUUUCAACAACCGUUCUCGCCUGACUCUCCAUCAGAGGAUACACACAGGGGAGAAACCCUUCAAGUGUAGCGCCUGUGGGAAGGGCUUCAGCUGCCACUCCUACCUCAUUGUGCAUCAGCGGAUCCACAGUGGGGAAAAGCCCUUCAAGUGCAACGAGUGUGGAAAGGCUUUUAGCUCCCACUCCUACCUCAUUGUGCACCAGCGGAUCCAUACAGGCGAGAAACCCUUUGACUGCAGCAAGUGCUGGAAAGCCUUUAGCUGCCACUCAUCCCUCAUUGUGCACCAGCGGAUCCACACAGGGGAGAAGCCUUAUAAAUGUAAUGAGUGUGGCAAGGCAUUCAGCCAAAACCACUGUCUCAUCAAACAUCAGAAAGUCCAUUCUGGGGAGAAGUCACUGAAAUGUAAAGAGUGUGGUGAGGUGUUCAGCUGGAGCGCCCACCUUAUAGAACACCAGAGAACACACAGUGAAAAGAAGCCCUUUGCCAUCCAAUUCAACAAGCAUUUACUGAGCACAUACUACAUGCCCAGUACCCUGCUGGGUGCAGGGGGUACAGGAGUAAGUAGUAUGGACUCAAUAAAUGCACUGGAUGUGGCAAAACUCCUGUGUGUAGUUCAGCCCCCAGCCAGCAGAAAUUUCGUGCUGGGCACCAAACCAGGGAAUUAAUAUAACUUUUCCUGAUAGUGGUCCAUCCCUUCACCCGACCCAAGGGUGAGCUGGGGAAGCAGGGUGGCUCAUGUACAUAUGCCGUUGGCACUUCCAGAUGGCAAGCCUACCCUCCCAUGCCAGGCCACCUCCUGGAAAUGGACCCACCUCAGAAGAGAAGAGAUGCUGGCCAUUUGGGGAUGCAUUUUCCUUGAUGAGUUUGGAAGUCACUGACAAAGGGAAUCAUCUUUCCUGAAGUUAAAAAGUAGAUAUUUCUGUCAUUGCCCUCUGACCAGAUCCUGGUGUUUCAAUCUGGAAUAUCCUCUGUGAACUGUUACAUUUAGAGUAACAAUAAGAAUCAUAAUAAAACCGAAGAAUUGCAAGCAGCAGUACUUCCAGUGAACAUUAUUAUUUUCUAGGAGCAGGUGGUGAGGGCUUGGCAAGAAGCACAUUUCCUGGACUUACCCUGCAGAGUUGGUGACAGUGCUAUCACAGGAUAGCCCAGCAGCAGGGUAGCUGGGGACUGAUGUGACAGCACCACAGUUGACCAUUUAGUCCAUGGGGGUAAAUUAGGAGCUCUCAGGCAGGUGCCUGGUGCAUCCAGAGAAGAUGAAUACAGAAUGGAUGUUUCCAGAAGUGUGCCUUCACCCAAGCAGGUGAGGCUGCCCUGCAGAGCCUUUCCUUGGCACGUAGCUGAGCUCACCAACUCAGCUCCACUGGAGGAGUGCUCCAUGUGCUCUCCACAGAGGACUUCAUCUGGAACUAGUAUUAGUUCAACUUUGUCCUAAGCGAGUAUAAGCUGCCUUCCAGUGAUAAUACUUUAUGUUUGUAUAGAGGCCUAUAGUUUAUUAAAUGCGUUUAGCUUACCUUUUAAAGUAUGGAGGCAAAAUAGCCACAUUUCAAAAAAUGUGGAAUUGAAGAGGUAGUGCCUCUCUCAAUAAAACCGCAUUUCGCACUUUGAUGCAUUACCGUCUGCUUUUUCAUACUGCAUUUUUACAUAACUCUGAACAUGGUGUGUAUAUAUAUAUAUAUGUGUGUGUAUAUAUGUAUAUACAUGCACAUAUAUCAUACAUAUAUAUCUUUCUAUCAUUUUUCCACAUAGCUGCGUGGCAGAAUUUUUUCAAGUAUGUGAACUGUCUUUGGAGUCACAAUUCUAAAUGUAGGCAUAGUAUUCUGUCUGUUCCAUUAGAUCUUUUGUUGGCUGUUAAAGUUAUCUCUGUUUUUCACUAUUACAAGUCAUUCUUCAUGAGCAUCUUUUUGCAUUAUGCUUCUUUAUUGUUUUAGAGUAAUUACUUAGAAGUAAAAAAUUUUAGAUAAAAAUCUAAAAGGGAUCACUUUAAUAUGUUUUUGGUUGUAUGGAUACAAAGUAACAUUGACCAUUACGAAGUAACCGAUCAGCAGUACUGCCCCCCUGCACACCCCUCUCUGGACAUAGGCUGGCUGGGAGCUGAGUGUGUGCAAAUCGUCUUUGCUCUGCUCAGUGUGGGUCCUGGGAGCGCAAGUCAGCCUGGCAUUCUGCAGCCCCAGGCCCUUUCUUCAUGACAGAGAAAAUUCUGUUUUGUGACUGUGUUGGUAAAAGAUAAAUAUAAUCUAGCCUGAUUCAUUAUUGUCAUACUGACUUCUCUUCUUUGGAAAGAAAUUAUAAAGGAAACAUCUUUGUGGGGUAUGGACACCCUACAGUGUGCACCACAUGCCAUUAGUAAGCAGUUGAAAGCAGCACCUUACUAUUCUGCUUCACACCUUUGGUAAUUAAUGAAGUAGAAUAAUGAACAUGUUCUUUUUUAUUGUUUUAUUUUUUGUGUAGAACUGGGGU